AUGGCUGUGGAAGCCGGCAGGAGGCUGCUCGUGCAGUGGGGGGAUGGGCAGGGCUGGCAGGCCCGCGUCGCCAUCGCUCCCGCCACCGCCGCCGAGCUGCAGGCUAUCAUGGAAGUUCAAGCGACUCCCGAUCAGAUAACAGCAGGGAAGAUAUGGUGGUGCGGGACCCCAGACGGCGACGCCUACCCUCACUGCCUGGACGUGGGCCCGCUCAGCGGGUUGAUCCUGUGCGACGACGAGGGCCGACCAGAUCGGGCGACGCUCCUCGGCACCCGGUUCACCAACCGCACGCGCGUGUAUGGCACGGACUGGAGCGCCACGCCGCUGGAGUUCGCCAAGAUGAUCAAGCUGUGCAUCGGCGACCAGUGGCUGGAGCCGCGGCUGGCAGUAGUGGCAGCUGGGGGUGGAGCGGUGGCGAAUCUGAUUGAGGUCGGAUCGCGGACGCUGCCGUCCCCGACGCCCGACGGCUGGCAGGUCGUCUGGAGCACGGGCGGCACCCCCCGCAAGACGCUGCUGGGUAGCCUGAACGUUGAUGAGUCCGCUGUCUGCGACGUCGGCGCCCUCGCCGUGAAGGGCUCAGAGGUGCUGCUGCUGCGGAGGAGCUCAGGCGUCGAGGACGACCUGGACUCGGAUGCCCGCGUGCUCAGCAUCGUCCAGAGCCCGAGUGGAGAGAGAUGGCGCCCAUUCAAAGAUAGUGUGAGAGAGAUGACUGAGACAAGCUGGGCGGCGUGGCCAAUCCUUGGCCCCAGGACCGCCCGGUGGUGUCUCGAGUUCAUUGCUGAGCAAGACACCCACCCCCGCGCGCGGCACACGAAAUGGAGACAUGAAGCGGGGGUUGGUGGUCAGGACAUCGGUUGUCAGGACCACGAGCUGGCGAUGAGAAUGAUAGAGCUCGCCGUGGUGUACGACCAGCUCAACAUCACCGAGCUAGCGAGUUUCGAGCUGCUCUUGAGGAGGGCGCAGCUCGCGGAGAUGCGGUAUCGUGACAAGAUCCUGGGGAAGCACGGCGGGGACGAGUUCGCGGAGGAUGAGUUCCUGUACAUGGGGGCCGGCCUCACGCGCGGCCUGGUGAUGGUGAGCCCGGACCUCUCGGACCACAUCACCGAGCAGCUCCACAAGGAGGCCGCCGUGAUGAAGGAGCGCAGGAAGUUGAAGGAGGAGAGGCAGGCAAGCCGUGCCCCCGGCGGAGGGGGUGCGGGUGGGAGCUCAUCCGCAGCGGCCCAGGGGCUGCAGCAGAAGGUGAACGCCCAGGCCGCCGAGAUCCGCAGGCUGAUGGACAAGGAGUGCGGGUUGGAGCACGUCAGGCGCGUGGUGGAGGACGCCGGGCCACCGCCAGCUUGCACCGCCGCGGCAGCCCAUCGAGAGCUGUGCGGACCUGGGCACGGCUACGUCUUCGAGCCGGAGCACAUCGCGUCCUACGACCGGUCCCUGGUCUCUCUGCCGAAGGGGGGCGCCCUCGUCGAUGGGAGCCGCAUCCUGGGCGGCAGCCAGGCGCCCAAGCCCCACUACGACGGCAAGUUCCGUUCCCGAUCUACCUACGCCCAGUUUGUCGGUGACCUGUUGGACGCCGGCGUGGUCUCCCUGAAGCAGCAGCGGGGGGAGACCGUGGGCGCGUUCUUUGUGCACAAAUCGAAUGGUAUGCAGCGUUUAAUUAUUGACCCUCGGCGUGUCAAUGACUUGUUUGAAGCUCCAGCGCACACAGUGCUCCCGACGGCGGGGGCUUGGUCGGCGUUGGAGGUCCCCAUGGACCAGGAGCUGCACCUCGCCCAGGCCGACGUGGACAACGCGUUCUACAGGAUCGGCUUGCCGCGGGGGGCGCAGGAGAUGUUCGUUUUGAGAGCUGUCCACCUUCCCACCCUGCUGAAGCUGAGGCCUGACCUCUCAGAUCAGCUGCCGCCAGGGAUCGAGACGUGGGCGUCACCUUGCCUAGAGGUGCUUCCCAUGGGGUGGACGUGGAGUCUCUACUUUUGCCAAUGCAUGGUGAUGGCUGGUGUUCAGGCUGCUGGCUUCGCCCUCUCCGAUUUCAUCCAGGACCGCCGUGCAGCCCCGUCAGUGACGGACCGCAACCGUGUGGCCGUCUACGUGGACGGAGUCGCUGUGGUGGGGCUGGGGGCUGACCUGGUGACCUCCGACUGCGAGCGGGUCGCCGCGAAGCUGGAGGCGCUGGGCCUGAAGUGCAAGGGCGUGGAGGCGGCUGGCUCGGACACCACCUUCGCAGGCCUGAGCUUCGAGGUCGCCUCUGGCAAGAUACGGCUUUCUCGGUCACGGACGUGGAAGUUGAGACGAGCUUCGGCAUCUCCUUGGCCAGCGAUCCUGCGGCGUGAACUGCUGAGUGUGUUCGCGCAGACCUACAGGUACAUCGCCCUGGCAGGCUCCAGGAGGUGGAGGCUCUGGCCCUGCGUGGAGGCCGAGCUGCGGCGGGCCGCGGCCUUGGUCUGCUUCGCGUUCGUGGACGCCAAGCGGCCCUACAGCGCGGUCGUGACCGCGUCCGACGCCUCGGGGGCCAGCCGCCACGACUUCGGCGGGUACGGCGUGAUGGAGACCGACUGGGACCUGGAGAGCGUGAGGGCCGCGGCGGGCCAGGCCGAGAAGUGGCGGUGGUGUGUCUCAGAUACCAUCGCUGCUCGCGCCCAGACGCUCGGCCUGCCGCAGGAGCAGGGACCAAAGCGUCCAAUGUCUCGCCAGGCAGGAGUCACUUUCGACCAUAUCACGCCCAGCCAGAUGGGCGACGACAGCAGCUGGCGCCUGUGCGCAAAAG